AUGCCUCAUCCUUCUAUUCAUAAGACACUCGAAGCAAAAAUGCAAGCAAGUCGUGAAAAAAACCGAUGCCAUUAUGCAAAAGAGAGAAUCUUAAGCCGGCGGAGAGAGCUUCAUAUUGAAAAGGACACGGGGCCAUCAGAGCUCCAGAAAGCUGCUGAAAGAUUCUUACAUCGCUAUGACUCGGAUGAAGAGGAAGAUGAAAAUGAGCUGGAGAUGUCAGAUGAUUCCGGCAAUGUUGAGGAGAAUGACUCGGAUGACAACAUAAUACCAUCUGAUCUGCCAGGAUGUCUGCUCGCUAUCAAAAGGAUCAAAGACGACAUGUUGUCUUUGAUCAACGAACCUCGUGCAUUUACCGAGGCUCUCUUGCUUCAGUUUGUCAAGAGCAUCACAUAUACAGAUGACCGUUGA